UGUCAAGAGUAUCUAGCCACUUCAAUCGACUGCGAUCAGAUUGGAUUCUUCGGAGCCAAAGUGAACAAAUGCGGCUUCUGCACCGGUGGCAACACAGGACUCGAAGACGAUUUCGGCAAGGAUUGCAAAGGCCUUUGCGGCGGGAUGGCGUCCCUUGAUUGCAUGGGCGUCUGUGGAGGAUCCGCCUACCUAGAUCCAUGUUCUUCCGAAUGCAUCGAGAAGGAUGCGGUUCGUACCAUUGAAUCACAAGUCGCUUCCAGAGAUUGUACGGGAGGCUGUCUGGAGCUCGGACCGAAGGCUCCACCUCCUCAAUUCGUGAACGAUUCAUGCGGGGUCUGUCUCAAAGCGGGGGGAAGUAGCAAGGAUUCCGCCUUCAAAGAUUGUACAGCUACGUGCUACCUGCCGUCUGAAAAGGCGAAAAUGGCCGAGCAAAAAUGUGGUCAAUGUAUUGGCGGGAGCUCACCGAAUAAACGCAGCGAUUUCGUUGAUGGUUGUGGAAACUGCAAGAGCGCGAAGAGCGUCUGCGAAUGUGAAAACGGACUGCUCAAAGAUAUAUGCGGAGUCUGUGGAGGGAAAGCUGGAUCUUGCCUCAAAGUCACCGAAAUCAAGCCGAUCGCCGCACCGGCGGACAAAGCGCUCGAAAUGACUAUGUACGGGGCUUUCAGUGGAGAAGCCCCGUCGGAAAUGGUGUGCGUGUUCCGUAACGCGAGCGAUCCAGACGCUCACGUCGUCGGCUCACCGUCCCCAGGAGUAGGCAACGGUCACCUGACUCCUGUGAAUGGGAAAGUGUCUUUCAUGUGCAAAGUCAAGGGUCUCCCUGAGGGCGAAUACUUCGUCAAUCCACGACUCUCUCGGCUCGGAAAAGAGGAACACCGUAACCUCACCCUACAUGUAUUCGACUCGAGCAUUGGUUAUGCCAAAAUGGAGCCUACCAGCGCUCCUUACCGCAGAAUCGAGAACAAGGAUGCGUCCAGCAUUCGACUGAGAUUCUCUGGCGGAAACGUGCCAAAGUAUCCCCUCUAUUGUCGGAUCAUGAGCGCAGACAACCCGAAGCAGAAAGUCGUCGUGUAUCCGUCUGGAAGCGCUCAUCUCCUCAACGAAUGCGACAUUCCUCUCCCUAGUCAGAGCGAAAACUACAUCGUCUUUCCAUCGCUGGACGGUCUCAACCCGAUGAGCACUAAUUUCACUUUCUCAUUCUACGCGACCCGCCCGCUGAUAAAGCAGUCGUACAUGCACUCAGACGGGAGCGCCGCCAUAGUGAUCUUCGACCGAGAAGUGAACAUCGCGCCUCUCGCGAGCUGCGAGGAUAUAUUAACAGCAGAGACCCUAAAAGCCUUGGGCGGAUCGGAUUACCUCAGAUGCCGAUGGGCGACUAAGCAUCAAUUGGUCGUAUUCCUACCCAAGAGAGAAAAGAACUCCGUUCGAUUAAUUCUACAGUCGAGCAAUUUCACGGAAGACGGCCAAAAGGUCGUUCAAGACAUCGGAGAUGACUUGAAAACUGAAGCAAAGGCCACCGAAGUGAAAGACUCUCCGAUUUACGUCGCCAUUACCGGACCGGACGUGAUACCGUAUUGCGGGGAUUUCGAACUCUUCGCCCAUUAUUCCUGGGCGAACGGGGUCCCCGAGGCCUUCCAAUGGUCGGCGACGAGAAACGAUUCCCUGAAAAUCAACGACAAAGAUCCUCUGGGAGCGGUGCUAAAGAAGACAACAUCCUCUACUCUGAGUCUCCAGUCGGAACUAUUCGACUUUGACAUCGAGUACACAUUCACGCUGAAGGUUGGCCAAGGCAAGACCGCGGGCGAGGCUGUUCACCAAUUGAUUCGCCAUGAGAAUCCCGGGCCGAUGGUUCUCCUAUAUAGCACAACAAUGUUGCAGCUGGAACCGGUGACUGUCUCGCAAUCCGACAUCGUCAUCUAUGUGGAGACAAUCAUCCCCGAUCCCGAGCGCUGUCCGAACGACACAUUCCACGAGAUCAAGUACAGUUGGCGUGUGGAUCGGCCCGAUGUCAAGCUCGAUCCAUGCAGCUUGGACAGCGGCACCGUUUACCGCGUUCAGCCAUUCACCUUACCACCGAACGCCAACGUGACCUUCACAAUCCGAGCGUACAUGUACGAGAUUCGAAACAACGGCGCCGAGGCUGUACAUCUCAUUGAUCACUAUUCGGAAUCUAGCGUGACUCUUGCGGUAGCGCCGACGAAAUUAAAAGCCAUUCUGAGAGGUACACCCGUGCGGGAGGUCGGCGACGGGACUUCGAUUAAUCACUACUCGUUAAUCCUGGAUGCUACCCCAUCCCUUCAUUCAUCCAUUCCGGUCACAUAUCUCUGGAGGUGCAUCGACGAGAAGCUACAGCCGUGCUACGAUUUCGGAUUACGAGCCAAUCGAUCUCUACUCGUAAAUCCCGUCGAAUUCAACGGUCCAGUACUGAACAUCAGCACUGAGAGUAUUCAGCCGCAGAAGACUCUGAACUUUUCGGUCACCCUGUACCGAGCGAACAAUGGGAGCGCUACUGAACCGUCGACAGCCUCCGUUAUUGUCAACACGCUCGCCUAUACCGCUCCUAUGGUCUGGCUUCAUGAGAUCCGCGUACGCGACAGCGCAAUCUACGAUUUCGAUGAAGCAUCCGAAUCGUUUAUUGUACCCGCCGGGCAACCGGUGGUACUGCACGUAAAAUUCCGUUUCGUGCAUCAGAACAGAGUGCAAACCCAUUGGGACGUUGACGGUUUCCCGACAAAUCACGGAGCCAUCGGGUCACGCUCCAGCCACGAAGGGGACUCGUUCCUGUCGCUUCCUGAAGGGUCCUUGGUCGCCCACGGCCGAUACAAGGUCGGCAUGCGAGUCUGCGAGGGCAAACAACAUUGCACGCAAAUGAAGAUUAAUCUUUUCGCGAAACCCGGCGUCGCGCUCUGCCGCCUGACAAUACCGUCAUUUGAAGAAAUCCUCGAGGUCUACAACCGCACGGAAGUUCUCGUAUCGGGCUGCUCGAUACCCUUAGGAAUCCACCCGCUCACAUACCAACUGCUCGUGGAGAGGGAGAACAACACCUGGAUCCCGGUUUCGACCGUACAACACUCCCCAUUGAUCCCGUUUUACGUUCCCCUGCCCAUCGAUAAUGGAACCACGUUGGCUGUCUCGGUGUGCGACCGUUUUGAGCAAUGCUCGUACUUCUACAAUAAGUCUAUUCCGACCAUCGAGACUUUCAACGAAACUUAUAGUCGUCAGGAGAUGACGUCUCACAUUGGACGAUUGAUUUCUGCGGAACGACAUUUGGAAGCUGCGGCAAUCCUCGUUUCGGUCAGCUUGGGUCGCGGAGAGUUGAACGAGUCCGCGCUCACUCCCGAAGAGAAAAAAGAAUUCUUCGAGACGAACGAUCAACUAUUGACAUCCGUCUUCGUGAGCACCAGCAAGAAGGACCUCUCGCCCGGGGAGAUCAACCUCAUGUACGAGUGCAUGAAACUCGUGAUGCGAGGAGGGACCGUGGAUCACAAAGCCGGAGCGAUUGAAGCCACUGGUGCAAUAACCGAUCAAGUUCUGUACAAUAAGAUCGAAGUCACGCUGACUGCGAUGGAAGAAGCUUACAAGGCAGUGCGCUUCUGCGGUCAGAAGCACAAGACUGAUCCGCAGAUCAAAAGAAACGUGGAGUACGCACAAAAAAUUAUCGAGACCGUUAUCGCCUCGCGGCUCCCGAAGGGUCAAACGGUCAGGAUUGUCUCUGAUAUCACGACGGUCAUCCAACACCGAUUCACCACGAGAGAGCCGAUCGUUUUCGCGGGGACAGCUCCCGUCAAUUCCACGAGACAAGGGGUUCCCGAUGCUAUAAUUCAUUUCAAGAAGAAUAUCAACGGACUAUUCAAUUAUUGGAACUGUGCGAGUGGAUCGGAGAAGAAGAUGUGUAAUGCAGUUGUUGUUGUUGUCAGCGUUUAUCCCUACAAUCCUUUCUCGGACAACACGCGAGGCACCAUGAUCUCUCCCGUGGCCACGAUAACGUUCCGAAAGCCCGACACAGGCGAGGAACACAAGGUCUCGGGUCUGAAAGACUCGAUUUUGAUUCAUUUCCGUCAAACGGGUAAUUUCACCAAAACGGCUGGCUACAUCUCAUCGUGUUAUAAGUGGCACGAGCGCAACGAGGAAUGGGACUCAGAUCAAGUCAAACUCCUCGGCACUGCCGGUAAUGUGAUUCAGUGCGCUACAGAGGGUUCCGGAUCCUAUAUAGUCUUCAACGAGAAGGAAGGUUUGUCGACGGCGGCCAUCGCCGGCAUUGUGGUCGCCUGUAUGAUGUCGGUGUUCAUCGUAGCCGCCGUCAUGAUGUUCAUGAUGCACAAAAAGCAAGCCCAAGAGGCCGCUAUGAAAAUCGCGCGUCAAAAUGGCAAGCAUAAAGCCAACGCGGUCGCUCCUACAUUCUGA